UUGAGUUUGGUCUUUGGCGGCGCAACUAUGAAAGAUGAUAAUGCACCACUAUCAUGCUUUGGUAUCAAACCUGGAUCAAAAGUUGCUGUCAAUGGAGUCAAGCCUACACAAAUUAAAGAGCUAACAACGAAUGGCGAUCCUGAAGAAUAUGCAUUGAUCUUAAGGAUAUCAGAAUUACAAGAAAAAUCCAAGAAAUUUAUGUCAGAGCAUUGCCCAAAGUAUGAAGCUGAAGUUGAAUCUUAUCUAUCAUCUAAGCCAGAACCUUUCGUUAUGUCUGCUGGAAUGCCGCCCGCCCGUAAAAGGCUUCAUGAUCUCCAUGGAAUGAUGUCUGAAAACCUUCUUCAAUCUUUGUUGGCUAUUGAUGGAGUCACUUGCCCAUUUGAUUUUGAGAUUGCCCGAGUAAAAAGACGGGAGGCUGUCAAGGAGACACAGAAACUAUUAGAUCACAUUGAUGCUUUCAAUGGUCGUGUCAAGGAGAGUGAUAGGGCUGCGCGUCUUUGA